UUCCCCUCAACUGGAUAUGUAGUCUGUAGAGUGUAGAUUGUGUAGACACAGUGGAGGAAGAGAUUCGGCACCACUGCUGACUGCACUGCUCAUGGAGAACUUGCCUUCGUCUCUGCUCGUCGACAUCCUGAGCCGUCUCGACGAUUCCGGGCAUGUGGCACGCUGCAGGCUAAUUUCGAGAAACUUCUCCGCGGCCGCUCGUGAAGUCCAAUCGGUGAAAUUCUUCUGCUCUUUGUCCCGCUAUCUGAAAUCGCGGUCGCCGGAGACCAGAGACCGAAUUACGCCUUUCAAGGCCGUGCUCGGCAACCUGUUCCGCGGUUCUCGCGUCCCCAUAGAGUCCGCUUCGAUUGGCGUGGAGAAAUCCCUCGCCGGGAUAUCGUACGACGACGUGGAGGACGAGUCGGACGAUUUGCACCUGACCGACGCGAGGUUCGUGGAGGAGUGGUUGCCUAGGGUUUCUGGAGAGCUGAGGUCGCUUUCAAUUUCGGAUUUUUGGAUUCAAUCUUGCUGGAGAAAAUCGGAGAUUCUGAAGCUCAUUUCUUCUUGCUGCCACGCUCUUCUGGAGCUUGAGGUGAAGAACGCUUGGUUAUCCGUAGAUGGUUUAAAUUCAAUGCCUAUGCUCAGUGUUUUGACCCUCGAGUUCGUGAGGUUAGAUGAUGAAGAUCUAAACAAGGUCAACGAUUGCUUCCCAUGUCUUCAAGUUCUGAAUUUGAUAGGAGUUGGAGGACUUAAAGAACCCAACAUUUGUCUUCCUCGGCUGAAGACUUGUCAAUGGACGGUAUCAAAUGCUCCAUUUUCUUUGACCAUACUUGCGCCCAGCCUUGUGAAACUCGAGCUGAGAUGCAUUAGACCCAGAUCCCUAGUUAUCAAAGCUCCAAUGUUGGCAGAUUGUCGUAUUUAUAUUGUGGAAGUGAAUGAGCUCCAAGUGAACCAUUUCCUGCAUCUGGAAAGCCUUCAGCUUGAUUCGGGAAACAUUUGCUCUCUCCUUCAUUCAUUUGCUUCUGCCACUGCAAUAAAUGAGGUAAAGUUAAAUUCUUCCAGAUCCAAUGAGACUGAUGAUGCACUCUGCUUGGAAUCGGCAUUCGAAGUUUUCCCAAAUGUGAGCUCCCUAACUCUGCAGUCUGGGGCUUGGUCCGAGAUGGUGACAUGCUUUCUCUCCAAUGGCCUGAAGACUCGGUCCCCUAUGAAAGACUUGAAACUUGUUGAGAAUUGGGUUACUCAUCCACUCUGAUGCUGAUCAUGGAGCGUUCUUUAGUCUCGUCUCUAAUUGGGCAAGCAAACACCCGAGAAUUAAAUGGAAAUGUGGGACAUGGAAAGAAGGUGCAGAGGACAUCUGGGUUUCAGACUGCUACUGAUGUGAUCAACAUGAUAAACCAGUUGAACAAGGUUCUGAGGGUCAGAGUUAUGUGUAUUACAGAAGCGAAUAAUUUUGUGUUGUUUUCUCAAGCUGACAGAGUGAAGCUGCAGAGGUGGCGGUUAUUUGGCUGGGAGAAUAAAAUGUGUAUGCUGUAGUAGUAAGUACUAACUAGAAGUAGCACAGGUUGAAGAACACUCAGUCUUGGUCUUGUAUACGGUGUAAAAUUCCUCGUUACGAGUUGAUCCUCCCUCUGUUAUGUCAUAAGAUAAGAGGAUAAGGGUGCGGUAGUCUAGUAGUGUUGUACUUAAAGCAGUUAAUCCUUGUAAAUUAGUAUACAUAAUGUUCGCAGGUGGCAUUAUAUAAUGGAAAGUUCUGGAACGUCUAAAAUAAAUGGUUGUGUUUGUU